AUGGUCAAUCGUCUACUUUCAGGUACUAAUUUCAGUGAUAAGAACUUAAAACUUGACUUAGGGAAACUUAUAAAUUGUUCUUCAGAAUUCCCUCAAUCAAUAAUAACACAACUUCCUGAAGAACUAAAAAAUAAUUGCUAUAAAGCAUCAUGGCUGGAGUACAAAUCUAUAUACUAUACAAAAAAGGUUUUAGUUGUAAUGGAAACCAAUCUGGAUGGGAGUGUAUUCGGUGAAAUUGUUUUUAUGCUUGUAGGAGAACGUGAAGUUCCUUAUUUUUUAUUAAAACCUCUAAGUACUAUUGGAUAUGAUUCUCAUUUCCACGCCUAUGAAAUAGAAGGUGGUAACUCUAAAGAUAAUAUUAAUAUAGUUGGAUUCUAUGUUACUGAAUUAUGA